AUGGGGAUCAAGCAAAACAUAUUACACGUGGCUAUCCUGGUUCUAUUCCUCUAUGGCAAUCGAGGGUCAUCUGUAGAGGUCACUCUUCAGUUAUUACCGGGUAGUUCCACAAAAGAAACUAUUGACACUCAAAGUGACCGCCUCAAUGCGACCACACCCCGUGUAGUCAUACAGGAAUACCUACCGAAAGAAAAGUGGUCUUUCGAAGAACUAUUGAGGAAGAAGUCGUGGGACGACGGAAAAACCGCAACCCCUCAUUCAGAAGACCCAAACGAGACCAAGGGGCGACAGGAAACUCCCCACAGAAGGCGCCACUAUUGGACGAGAAACAGAAACCAUGGAAACCGCCACACCCAGCAACCAGGUGGUGACGGGCGCCGCCGCCAGUGGACGGUUCCACUCUCCCCGCAGGGGGGACCACUUGACGAGAACAAAAUGACCGUGCUUGAAGAUCGUGACAUUGUGUACAUCAAACCUGAUACGAUGUUGGUUACUGAGGAUGAAUUUACCGAACUAAAGGAGAAAGAAAAUGGUCCAACACGUUUAAACCUCCCGCUCAAAAAUGGUAGCUCCCAGAAUCAAGAUUACACUGCAGUUCCAGACGAUACGAGCUACAAGCAAGCCCUUUAUUCGGACCGUGCUUGUCCCUGCCGGGCCAACGUCACUAAAUGGUGGGUGGAGCAGUACCCGCACCCGCAGACGGACUUCAAGCGGUGUGGGCGGCCCGGGCCCUCCUGGCUCUGCGAUCCCAAUAGGAUACUUACCAAAUCAGAAGCCAACGACAUUGAAAACAUCGUCCUCAACGUUUCGAGCAUAGAAGCAACUCCGUGUCCUCCUAAAGAUGUGAAAGAAUUGGAAGACGAUGAGGAUUCAAAUAACACUGACAACAAGUCUCCUCAAUUCCAUGGGUACCAAAUAGCGGUGGCCCUGGUUUUCGACCUGGAGAAGGAAUACAUGAUCAGAGAAAAUAUGGAAAAUUCAAAGGUGUACACGGCCACCGGAAAGGCAGUCCGAAACAAACUGACCAACAAGAGAGUCCGAGAAGUAGAGAGAGCCAGCAGAGACGACUUGGAGAAAAACCGGACGGCAGAGGCACUCAAGAAAAUCCUUCUAGCCUACAAGGAAUUUCUGGCCGGGCCCAACCAACUCGGGAUCGAGAUUGUGUACUGUAGCGUGACCAUUGUGAUAUUCCUGGGUAUAUCGUCCACGUGUUUCGUGUGGUGGGUGUACAUGGGGAGAGUUCGCCACUACACGUUUCUAGCGGAUAGGCAGCCAGAGCCGUGUUACUACCGAUGCUGUAGACGGGGGAGAAAGAGCGGUUGCUGCGAGGGUGUACGGUGCAGGGAGGCUGAGGGGGAUGGGGGACAAAUGGAGGAGGUCAUACCGAUGGAAGGGGUAGCGGCCGUUCGCAAGACUUACGUAGUGCAUGAAGCUGUUUCUACCGUGUGA